AUGCGCGCGGAGGUCAGAGAUUCGUUAUGGGCUCAGGGCGGUCGAGAGCACGGUGUACCGAUACUGAUAUCGGAGCUGGAGGCGGGCGGUCCAGCUGCACUCACCGGCGAACUAUACGUCGGUGACGCUAUAUUAGCCAUUAACGAUGUAGAUUUAACACAGGCAUGCCAUAAAGAAGCUGUGCAGGCGUUGCAAAGUGUAAAGGGUGACUGCGCUCUCUGUGUGCAGUUUAUAGCGACAGAUGAUGACGAUCGUCUUUCGGAAGAUAAUUAUAGGUUUCCGUUAUAUCCUGAGGACGGUGAAGUGUACGGCGUGGAACCGGAUGGGUCUGGAGCUACUCCGACUGCACCUCGGACUCCAGACUAUAAUAACCGGCCUGGUUCAGAAGUGGGUUCUGCGGCCUCGGUGGGCUCAGCGGGCUCGGAAAGUGGCGGUUACCCAGAUUACAACUCUAUUAAUAAUAAUCUCGCCAUACUCGAUAUGGACGACGACAAUAUCAAGAUAGAGGCCCGACUAGAGCUGCCGAUUGGAGGACGUCAGGUGACGUCCGACGAGUCACAGUCGACGCCGGUGCACGCGCGCCGACCAAACACCAAGAAGAAGCGGAAACCACAGGACUGGCGUACGAAGGGAGCGUACCGAGCCGUGGAGGACGCGCCCUCCUCAGAUGAACAUAUCGCACGACCACCCACGCCUGAUACAGCAAUGGAAUCUCCGUCGUUAGUGACGCCGGAUGCGAGAGAAUCUCCGCCCGAGCCCGCGCCGUCCCUGUUACAAUUAGAACCCAAACAAAUUAGAACCAACGGUGAGGUCAAACUGAUACGGAGAGAGAGCCAAGGGUUCAGGAUAGGGUCAGCUCGUAGAGUGACAGCGGCGGCGCCCGUCACUAACGGCGAUGCGGAGCGCGGCAAGUUCCCGUGCCUACUCGCAGGCGACGGAGAUCCAGACUUUGGCACUCCUGUCUGA